CUGUUAUCAGUGAAGGCCUGUUUACUUUUGCAUCAGUUUAAACAUUGAAAAAUCGACUUAAUGACUUAAGUGUGCACCCAGUUACAAGACGGAUAAGAAAAUAUUUAGGUUGACUACAAAAAGUUUUUUUACCUAGCCCUAGUGCAUAAUUUCCAAAAUUUAAAAAUAUCAGCCGAUAACAAAAGUUGGUUUUCCAAAUAACUGUAAAUAUACCGACCAAUCACACUACUCUAACAAUAAAACGAAAGUAAGCUAGUUAUGAUAAUAAGGUAUAUAAAUGGUCGCAACUUAAAUGUUUUCCGAUAUUAUAGAAUAGAGUGUAUUAUUUAGGAUGGCACAAAAUAAGAAGAAGAACGAUGCGGGCAUUAGCAAAAAAGUUACAAUUGGUUGUAUACAAAAUAGUGUGAUUCGAGGUAAGAAGAAUGAAUUUUCGGAAACUGGAAUUAAGACCUGUUAUGUUUCGGGCUGCAAAACAGAAAAGAAACCAAAGAAAACUAAUGUAACAAUUAAUAAACCGGUAUCAACAUCACAAUCAAGUAAUGGUGGCUCGAGCAGGACACGAAAAAAGAAGAAGAACGAUGCAGGCACUGGAAAAAAAGUUACAACUAGUGAUUUACAAAAUAGUGUGAUUCGAGUUAAGAACAAUGAAUCUUCGGAAACUGGAGCUAAGAUCUGUGCUGUUUCUGGCUGUAAAACAAAAAAUAAACCAAAGAAAACUACUGAAACAAUUAAUAAACCAGUAUCGAUAUCACAAUCAAGUAAUGGUGGCUCGAAAUCGAAGAAAAUUACUGAAACAAUUAAUAAACCGGUAUCCACAUCACAAUCAAGUAAUGGUGGCUCGAGCAUGACCCGACAUAAGAAGAAGAACGAUGCGGACACUGAAAAAAAAGUUACAACUAGUUAUUUACAAAACUGUGUGAUUCGAGUUAAGAAGAAUGAAUCUUCGGAAAUUGGAGUUAAAACCUGUUAUGUUUCUGGCUCUAAAACAAAAAAGAAACCAAAGAAAACUACCGAAACAAUUAAUAAACCGGUAUCCACAUCACAAUCAAGUAAUGGUGGCUCGAAAUCGAAGAAAACUACCGAAACAAGUAAUAAACCGGUAUCCACAUCACAAUCAAGUAUUGGUGGCUCGAAAUCGAAGAAAACUACUCCCAUGAAAGCAAAGCAAGAAAGGCAAGCUACCACCCUGGAAAAACAGAAGUGUAAACAAACAAAAAAAGAUUCUCAAACGAGGAAAAUGGAAAUAAAUCUUCAGCCGUCGGAUAUACGUUACUCGCAAUCGUCGAUUUCAAGUCAAUUUCAAGAUGGCACAAAUAUUGGCGAGUCAUUGGACGAGAUAUUUUUCGGAAGAUCUUUCGCCUCAGCAAUCCCACAAAUUGAAGUUUGGGACAUAGAAGGACAUUGGGUGUCUGCAGACAACAGAAGACUAUGGGUAUUUAAGCAACUUGAGAUACUCGGUAGACUUGACUUUAUAACUGUAAAGGUCUCGAAAAUAAUUGACAAAGAAAAACUCACUAGUAAAAAUGCUGGAAUGGUUGUUAAAAUACGAAAUGGGGAUCCAACUGGAGAAAUGUAUGCUUUAAUGUAUGGUGGUCAAAAACAGAAUACGGACGACGAUUCAGCCAAAGAGGCUAAAAACCUAGGACCAGAAAGUAAACGCAAACCAAAGACAAGUCACGAAAACAACAAUAACACCGAUAAACCGGACAAUGAGAUAACCUGUUUAGAUUAUUUAGACACCGUAUCAAAUGACAGUCAUUGGGCUGAAUGUGAAAAACUUUUAAACAGUUAUAAUGUUGAGACAGCAUUAAGUAAGUAUAAAAAACAACAUCAUCAUCUGCUGAUUCCGAACGUUCAGAUAUUUUCGACGUUUCUGCAUUGACGCAUAAUCGUUAAAUGUUCUAGUGCAGAUUUUGAAAAACAACACGAAUGAAGGAACGUUUAUUACCCAAAGGAGUAUUAUGCACAGACGUCCGCUCAUAAUGAUUUUUUUCGGUAUCAGCCGAUGACAAUGGAUUCAACCAUUCGUGGGAUAUAUGUCAGACAGAACCAGACUUCAGUUACAGAUGAGAUGCUGAUUCUGAACUAUGUUGUAAAUAUAAAUGUGCCCGAUGCACUCGAAUGCUGUCCUAUCGUGAACUGGAUAUAGGACUUUAUUAUGAACCUUCUUGCCAAUUUACAACAGCAAGUAACACCUUGGUGUAACAGAAAGUACAGCAGCCAAGAGAACUUUCAAAGAGAAAUCAAUUCUGGCCAAAGUAUCUCGCGGUGUUGACACUUUUGUAGGAUUUUAUAACAAAAUAUUUAGUUAGGUGUAUGUACUUUUCCAUGCUUUCAUUAACUUUGUAUUGAACUGAUCGGUACACGUGUGCUGACAAACUUUUACGAACUUAAAGAAAAAAUAUGAGAAAUAGCUAAAGCUAAUCUUUCAUUGAAUCAAAUAACAUGUAGUCAUUUUAUAUUUUCAUGUGUGAUUUUGUUUUUAACGAGUUGCCUGUGAUAUAAUAUUGCCGUAUUAUUCGAUAAAAACGCUGUUGUUUGUUAGUAAGCAUUUAUGUAUGUUUAAAAUACCAUGUUUUUAAUGUUUACAUAUUUAGCAAAUUUAAAUUACAUUAUUUUACUUGAUAUUGCCAAUUAAAGAUAUAUAUUAUUGAUAAUUAAAAUGUAUUGUUGAUAAUUAAAAAUUCU